AGGUCUUUUCAAUUGCCAGCUUGCAUUUCUAAGCAUGGAGAGAUUCUCAAUUGGACUCUUCAAAUCACUUAUAAAUCAAUUUCUUUCUGGCCUCAAUGCAUCAAACCCCCGAGCCAAGUGGCUUCAGCAGUUCAGCAUUCAGCUCGAGCCCUCCUGAUAGGAUCUCAUUAUUCUCAGGGGUCGUCUCUGCCCCUCAGGUCAAUAGCAAGGCGCGAUGUCAAGGACGCCCUUCAUCAACACACCUGCCACUUUUAGCUGCCAGGAGAUGGGUAUAUAAACUGAGUGUUCUGUUUUCCACUCCUUCCUUCUACUCUCUUUAUCUUUCCCUCUCCCUAUCCCUAUCCCUCUCCCUCUCUGUCUCUCUCUCUCCAGCAUUGAUAUCAUAAACCCACCAUUGCAUACUUACCUUCGACGGGGGAUAUCUGAUUCGAGCUCAAUAUUCCGUGGUUUUGUCUGUCCCGCCCCCUUCCUUCACCUCGUCAUGGCUCUCACUUUGCAUAUCGGCAAUAAGCGCUACUCUUCAUGGUCCAUGCGACCCUGGGUCCUUCUGAAAGCCCUAGAUAUCCCCUUCGAAGAGAAACUCCAUCUCUUCAAACCCAACGUUCCUCACCAGACCCAAUUCCGCACCUUUUCGCCCACUGGCAAGGUCCCCACUCUCUACCACGAUGACCUUACCAUUUGCGAUUCCCUCGCCAUAAUGGAGUACAUCGCAGAGGACUACCCGGCCGCCUGGCCCCGCGACCGCAAAGCCCGCGCCUUUGCCCGCUCCGCCGUGGCCGAGAUGCACUCGAGCUUCCCCGCCGUCCGGGAACAGUUGACCAUGAACGUCGCGUUGCGCAUCGACAUCGGCACUCCCGACCCUGCCCUACAGCGCGAAAUCGACCGCGUCGAAGAGCUCUGGAACGAGGGACUCUCGACUUUCGGCGGUCCCUGGUUGGCGGGCGCCGAAUUCACCGCCGCCGACGCCUUCUGGUCUCCGGUCGCUGUCCGAUUCGAUGGCUACGGGAUCAAGCUGCGGGGACCGGCUGCCGAUUACGCGAAGCGUUUGCUUGAGCACCCGGCUGUGGUGCAGUGGGUGAAAGACGGCCGACGGGAGAAGGAACGCUUGGAGAAAUACGAGACGGAGAUUCCUUUAGCUGGAGGCCGUAAGCUGUUGGCAGACCUGUCCGAGUGAACAACUAUUGUCACAUUAAAACUCUCCCCGAGUCACGAAGCAUGGGAAAGAAAUAUAAUGUCUGGCAUGUAGCGAGCGGUAUUGUAUAGUGAGAGCAUAUGAUAUUGACAUUCUGCUUUGACGAGU